UUUAUUUUCUAUUUUGUCGGCAAUUCACGAACUUCCAUUUAAAUACACAACCGUGUGGACUUUCCAACACUCAUUAAAAGGCGGAGCCACCCAAGUCAUAACCCAGCCCAACCCAAUCCAAGCCAACGCUACCAAACCCCACGUAACCCUUUGACAUUUUACCAAGUCAACCCCAAAAAACCAAAACUGGUUUUCAGCUUGUCUAGAGUGAAAAAAAAGAAAAGAAAAGGAAAGGACAAGAUAAACAUUGAGAUGCCAAAUUGCCAUUCUCUCUCUUUCGCUAUAUAUUAUUGUUUCCCCAGUCCCCACUCAUUACACCCCCUAACCCCUCUCUCCCUCUCUCUUUCUCUCUCUUAAAAAGUCAGCGCCUUCUUUUGUCUCCUCCCUAUAACAUCAGUUGCAGAAGGAAGGUACAGAUUCACAGACCUUGUCUCUGAAGCCAUGGAGGAUAUUGAUUGGGAUCUUCAUGCUGUGGUCCGAGGCUGCACCACCUCCACCUCCAACCCUUCUACAACCACGACCACCACCAUCAACAGCAACAGCACUGCCAGUGGCUAUAGAUCAGAUUAUUAUCCUCAAUACUCUUGCUUUUCUGGUUUUGGAAGUGAGCAAGAUGGGCAUCUUUUCUCUCAUCCAGAUCCCUUUGAAACAAGAAAUGCUAUUGGAGAAUUGCAUGAGCUUUACAAGCCAUUCUUUCCCAAAUCUCAGCAGCCCCUUUAUUCUCCACAAGCCUGCACACCCCUCUCUUCUUUUUCUUCUAUUACCAGUUUUACCAAGGAACAGCCACAGCAACAGCAAAAACAGCCACAGCCUAAGCAGUCUCAUACUGGUUCUGUGAUUAGUAGUGCAAAUUCUCAUACACCUCGAUCCAAAAGAAGAAAGAACCAGUUAAAGAAAGUAUGCCAAGUACCAGCUGAGGCUCUCUCUUCAGAUGUGUGGGCAUGGCGAAAAUAUGGGCAGAAGCCUAUCAAAGGCUCUCCUUAUCCAAGGGGUUAUUACAGAUGCAGCAGCUCAAAAGGGUGUUUGGCCCGGAAACAGGUGGAAAGAAACAGAUCCGACCCAGGAAUGUUCAUAGUGACCUACACAGCAGAGCACAACCACCCAGCUCCUACUCACAGAAACUCUCUAGCAGGCAGCACCCGUCAGAAGACCUCAACACCUCAAACUGGCAAAGCUAAUGAUUCUAGCAAACCAUCAUCACCAGCCAAACCCGCUUGCUCAUCUCCAGCAACUUCUCUGGAAGAUGAGCUAUUAGCUCAAAGUACUUCAAACACAGAAUUAAGCAGAGAAGAGAAAGAUAUAACGGAAGAUGAUGAUGAAGAUGAGAUUGGUGGGUUCUCAGAUAUAGCUGUUAGUGACGAUUUCUUUGCGGGUGUAGAGGAGUUUGUUGGUCCUGCCACCGAAGAUUACUUCCCUGAUCAUUUUCCAGCAAGUUUUGGUCAGCCCUGGCUUGCUAACAAUGCUGCCACGGCAGCCGAAAGUAUUUGACAUUAGUUGAGAAUGGCAUCUCUGACAUCGGUCUUAUGCUUUUCUUUUAUUUUUUUUGCUUUUUUUCUUUUCGGUUACUUGUAUCAUUUUGCUGGAAGUAGAAUCUCAAAGGCAUCAAUGCCUUGUGCCUGUGAAGUGAGUGCCGCGGGUGAAAAGUAAAGAGUUUAUUCCUUUUGUUGAUCUUUAGACUGUUAGUAAAUUGGUCUGUACAUUUAUCCGCCUUUUGCUUUUGCUAUGUCAAGGCAUUUAAUUACUUACGAGGGUGAGAACUUUGGUUG